AGCCGAAGGCAGUCGCUUAACCGACUGAGCCACCCAGGCGCCCCUAAGCACUUUCUACAUAGGAACUCAGUGAAUCCUCACAACACCCCCUGGGGGUUGUUGCUAUUAUUAUCCCCAUUUUCCCGGUGUAACCUCAAAAGGCCACGUGACUUGUCCAAGGUUGCAUGGUCAGUAAGUGGCAGAGCCGGGAGGCAAGCCCCAGGCGGGCAGCGUGGGAAUUACGUGACAGAGAGAGCUUAGCCCGCACCAAGCGCUCGGUCGCUGUGUGGUUGACAUUGGGAGGGGGUUUUACUCCAGCCUGGAGAAAAGCAGAGUUCAGCUUUCGGGAGCUCUUUUUAAGGGGAGGCCAGGAUACCUCUGUCUACUAAUCUGGACUUGGGGGUCUCAUUCUGACUGGUGGCUGCAUCUUUCAAGGGCUGGAGCUCUGAGUGAGUCUGGAAGGAGUUGAGGGAUGGUCACCCAUGUUCUUUCUCUGGGCACCGUGGGUUCUGGGUGUAGGACCGGAAGGAGGCUGCUGUCUCCUCCCCGGCUCUCCCCCACAUCCCUCGCCCCACCACCUGGCACCUCCGGGAAAAUGGGUGAGAUCUGGUGCCUGUUUUCUACUCUGGCAAGGUCCUGGACUCACUCUGGCACUGCAAGGCCAGGCUUGGGGGCCGGCUGGCACAUUCUCUUGGGGGCCGGCCCAGACCUUGGUCUCAAGGCUUCCUUCUGCUUUUGCGGGUGACAGUGGUGGACACUUCAACCCUGCGGUGUCCCUGGCAGCCAUGCUGAUCGGAGGCCUCAACCUGGUGAUGCUCCUUCCCUACUGGAUCUCCCAGCUGUGCGGGGGGCUGAUCGGGGCCGCUUUGGCCAAGGCAGUGAGUCCUGAAGAGAAGUUCUGGAACGCGUCCGGGGCGGCCUUUGUGACGGUCCAGGAGCCGGGGCAGGUGGCGGGGGCGGUGGUGGCGGAGCUCAUCCUGACGGCACUGCUAGCGCUGGCCGUAUGCAUGGGCGCCAUCGACGAGCGGACGCAGGGCCCUCUGGCUCCGUUCUCCAUCGGCUUUGCCGUCACCGUGGACAUCCUGGCGGGGGGUGCCGUGUCUGGAGCCUGCAUGAAUCCCGCCCGGGCGUUUGGACCUGCCGUGGUGGCCAAUUACUGGGACUUCCACUGGAUCUACUGGCUGGGCCCGCUCCUGGCCAGCCUGCUUGUGGGAGUGCUCAUCAGGCUCUUCAUUGGAGAUGGGAAAACCCGCCUAAUACUGAAGGGACGGUGACACUGAGCUGGAGGCUUUCCUGCGGCCCAGGUGGCUUCUGAGGACCCACCCGGGUUACAGACAGGCCACCUCCUGCAUUUCCUGCUGGGGCAGAGGCCCAGAGCAGCCGCCCACCCGCUUCCCCCACACGGGCGCCUGGCCUCCCAGAUGACACACCGCUGCCAAGUUCUGAGGAUGCUCUAGGUUCUCCAGAUUUCUUCGUGCUCAUCAGAGACCUCAGCCUGGGGAGCGCAUUGCCAGCCCUGCCUGGCCCGGCACCACACAACAGAGGGGUUUUUCUUGACCGGGAAGCUCCCAGGAGCAGAAGAGCAGUUGCAAGAGGUGGCUGUUUACAUAUGAGUUCAUUUCCCCCACCCACUUUCUUUCUCCUUCUUCUGGCCCCAGACUCCUCUGUUACAGAAGGGCCUGCCGGGCUCUGUUUCCUUGCUUCCUGAGCUGCCAAUCUAGCUUUGCAAUAAAUAGUCCAGCAUUUC